CCUUGCCCUCAAUAUUAAAGUAGUGCCACACGCUGCCAAUCCGACAAACACGCACAAGCAUUUUUUUUUAAACCGUCGGAGGGUGAAGGAAACCUGCGUCUCGGGGCAGGAGCAUGCAUGAUGCGUGUAUGUGUGCAGCAGCUCUCAGACUGGUGAGUCUGAGGCGCAGUUCAGGCACCAUCACCGGCGGAGCGAUACCACCAUCUCCUCUCAGCCCCGGUUUGUCAAAGCUAGAGUGUGUGGCUCACUGUACCUGAGCGAACGUGUCCGUCAUGUACUAUCGAAAAGGAGGGCAGAGGAUCAAAACUGGACCAAGGGACCUGGCUGUAAAUCUCUGAAAUGCAGAGCCACAUCACGCUCCCAUCAAGAUCUGUCUCCCUGGGCUGGCUGCUGCGGUUGUUUUGCAACUGAUGAAGAUAUUUUUAUUAUUAUUAUUAUUUUUGAUGCGCUUCUGUGGAUGUCUAUGAUUAUGUUUAUUCUGGGGCUCUGGUGUAGUGCGUGAGUCAUCGUCAGCACCGGCGAGCAGGAGCUGUUGUCAGGACUCGUUGACAUGCAUUCCCCCUGAGCUCGGCGGCGCCUCCCUCGGUGUUGUGGCGGCAGGAUGCCGGUGCAGGCAGCCCAGUGGACAGAGUUCCUGUCCUGUCCCAUCUGCUACAAUGAGUUCGACAGCAGCGGCCACCAGCCCAUCAGCCUGGGCUGCUCCCACACGGUGUGUAAGACCUGCCUGCACAAACUGCACCGCAAGGCCUGCCCCUUCGAUCAGACGCCAAUCAGCACCGAUAUCGACCUGCUGCCGGUCAACUGCGCCCUGCUGCAGCUGGUCGGCGCUCAGGUCCCUGAUGUGCAGCCGGUGAGCCUCAACAGUGCAGCAGAAGUCGAGAACUAUGAGGUGUGCAGGGUGUGCGUGGAAGAGCUGGCUCUCUACCUAAAACCAAUCAGCGGAGCAAAAGGCGUGGCGACACUGAGUCCGAGUGUCCUCAGUCGGCCAAUGCAGAGGAAGCUAGUGACCUUGGUGAACUGCCAGCUGGUGGAGGAGGAGGGCCGUGUCCGGGCGGUGCGGGCAGGCCGCUCGCUGGGGGAACGAACCGUAACCGAGCUCAUUCUGCAGCACCAGAACCCCCAGCAGCUCUCUGCCAACCUUUGGGCAGCGGUGAGGGCGCGGGGAUGCCAGUUCCUGGGACCUGCUAUGCAAGAAGAUGCACUGAAGCUAGUCUUACUGGCUCUGGAGGAUGGCUCAGCUUUGUCCAGGAAGGUGUUGGUUUUGUUUGUAGUCCAGAAGCUCGAGGCCCGCUUCCCCCAGGCCUCCAAAACCAGCAUAGGCCACGUGGUGCAGCUGCUCUACAGGGCCUCCUGCUUCAAGGUGACUAAGCGUGAUGAAGACUCGUCACUGAUGCAGCUAAAAGAAGAGUUUCGGACAUACGAAGCUCUCCGGAGAGAACAUGAUGCUCAGAUUGUCCACAUCGCCAUGGAGGCGGGCCUACGAAUUUCACCUGAGCAGUGGUCUUCCCUGCUGUAUGGAGACCUGGUCCACAAGUCACAUAUGCAGUCCAUUAUUGACAAGCUGCAGUCUCCAGAGUCAUUUGCAAAGAGUGUUCAGGAGCUGACCAUUGUUCUGCAGAGGACCGGAGACCCUGCCAACCUCACAAGCCUUAGACCACACCUAGAGCUACUCGCCAACAUAGACCACAACCCAGAUGCCCCGGCGCCAUCAUGGGAGGAGCUGGAGAGUGUGAUGCUGGCUGUGAAGUUGGUGGUUCAUGGACUAGUGGAGUUCAUACAGAACUUCAGCAAGAAGAGCCACGACGCUCCGCAGCCUCAGGCCAACAGCAAGUACAAGACCAGCAUGUGCCGAGACCUCCGUCAGCAGGGAGGCUGUCCCCGAGGAACCAACUGUACAUUUGCGCACACGCAGGACGAGCUGGAGAAAUUUAGACUAAGGAACAAGAAGAGCAGCAGCGUGGGCCGUGCGUUCCCGUUAGCGCCGGGAGUUAUGGGUAAAACCUUCACUAUGGAGGGCAGCAUCCACACAGAUGUGUCUGGAGGAAUGGGGCAGGGGCUCAAAGGCACGGGGGAGAACACAGCCUCCUUGACAGAGGGAGUGCCCGGCCUGUCUCACCCAGAGCUGAUCCCCAGAGGCGCUGACAUGAUGGAGGAGAUGAAGAGAGCGGUGCCAAAUGGAUCCAAUGGGUCCAACGGGCUGUCUAACAGGAGCUCGUCAGGGUCGACAGAACAGAAGCCCAUCUCACCUCCUAGGACUCCAGUCAGUCACUCCUCAGCGUCGUCUCCCUUGACAACAAUUGGGCGGGGUGACGGUGGCGCUCCUAUCCCCAAACAUGGUCAGUUCGUGCUGCGUGCACCACAUCCUUCUCAGGCGUCAGAGCUGUACUUUCAGGAGCCGCACUCUGCAUAUGACACGGCCCAUUAUCAACCAACCUCAGGUUCCUACUACCAAUCUACUCUCCAUCCCUCUCACAAACCCUGCAUGGCUCGCUUCCUUCGAUCCUCCAACGUCCCAGAAUCCUCUCUGCCGCCCUCAAUUGGCCCUCCGCCAUCUUCCUACCCCAGUGACCCUCAGGCACCGCACCCACCUUCCUCCUCUUCCUCGGGGUACCCGCCACACCCACCUAGAGAUCGAAUGGGGCCUCCUGCCUUCCAUCCCCACCCGGGGCAGCCUCAGUAUGGGCCUCUGGCUCCGGCUCAUGGUGUUUAUGCUCCCCUCUAUGACAGCAGGAGAGUAUGGAGGCCUCAGCUGUACCACAGAGAGGAUGCCAGGAGCAACUCACUGCCUCCAGAGGUGCUGCAUUCCUCCGUCUACCAGCCUCCACUCAGGGAGAGAUUCAACUCUCUAGACAGCAACUACUGCUCUGGAGCUGAACACCGUGCAGGGCUACACAGGGAUUACGGCCGUGUUCCUCUAGGCUAUGAGGAUCUGUUCAGAAGGAAGCAGGAGCAGUGGGCUCAUCAUCACCACCAUCACAACGCCAACAGGCCCUCCCAGUCCUCCCCCAUCUUCACCAUCGAUUUUGGAACCGAGCAUGUGGAGAGCAGCGGAGGCCAGUGUGUGGGGUGCAGGUUCAGAGGCGAGGAAAGCUUAGCACACUACUCUCCGUGGUCCUGUGGCACCAUCGGCCCCUGCCUCAGCCCCUUUGAGCCCGAAACGCUCACGCACACCUCGGCUCACUCCUGCUCAGAGCACUCGGUGAGACUCUUCACACACUCACAAGAGCUGGACAGUAACGGAGGUGGGAGCGGAGGCGUAAGCGGUAGUGGUGUCGGGAAGCGAUGGCUGCAUUCAUUAGAUCACUACCGGCGCUUAAAAGAUGAGGAUCCGAUCAUUCCCUUUAGCGAGGGGCCCAUUAUCUCCAAGUGGGGCGCCAUAUCCAGGGCAUCUCGCACAGGCUACCACACCACCGACCCUAUCCAAGCUACAGCCUGCCAGGGCAGCGCCAACACCACACCCAUCAACUUUAAAGAUUACAACCACCACUUGGAUCACAGUGACUACAGAUGGAGCUCCAGAGGAUCAGACUCUUCCAGCCACUCCAGUUUCCUAGAGAGUGAGCAGCUUUGUGCAUCAGAGCUUCAUGGUCGUCGCACAUCACUAAGCAGUGGAGAGAAAAUUGUGUCUGAUCUGCAAGCCCGUCAGGCCGCCUACAGCCGGGAUCGAGGCCAUGUCGACAGUGAACCAGACCCAGAUCGAGACAUUGAGCUGGAACUGUGCGCUCUUGACAUGGAAGAUUCAGACCAUCAGGAGAUCAAGUCUCAGGAGUCUUUAGACCUGGCCACCCCACAGUCUCAGGAUGCUUCCCACCUCCUCCCACCACCCUGCUCUUCUCCCCUCCUUGCUUCUCCCGUGGAGGAGCACUCCCAAACAGAGGGUCCUUCGUCAGAAAAGAUGGAUGCUCACCUGCUGAAAAAGAUGGCCUUCAGGAAGUCUCUGUCUCCUGGAGGGUUGGUCUCAGGAGGCCUGGCCGUCGGCAAGCUUGUCCUGCGGACUGGACCUCCUCGCCUGGGGGAUGCUCGUCCUGACACGCCCGGGACAGAGAUGCUGCUCAAUGGAAGCUAAGGGGACACAAAGUCAGACACUGACCUGCGCCGAGCUAGAGCUGAGUCGCUUGCCUGCAACCAGAGCCUGGUUAAAGGGAAAACCAUUUAAUUCCAGCCUUCAUAUAUGUCAAUCAUAUGCCUAAAUAAAACUUGACAGAUAUGGGUUAACAGUGUAUGCUGCGCCACAUCGUCAGGGGCAAGAGAAAACACAUUGUCCUGCCUCCUCGGUGGUGAUUUUCACUGAUGUACAGCUCCACAGAGAAUUUAGUGAUAUUACUGUUUAUGCUCAGUAAGGCACAUGACCAGUUUGCCCUUACAGUAGAUGCUGAACUUGUGUCCAUGUUUGCAGUUUGAAUCCUGGUGACAUUUAGGAGAAAGGCUGGAGAUCUCAUAGCAUCUUCACCACAUGGUUGCUCACUUCACAUGACAUUGUACACAAGAGGUUUACACAUCAUCUACUUUGUUGUCAUUUAACUUGGCGGACAAAGACUAAUGGUUUGACAGAAAGCAGAAGCCUCUACAGUAGGUGCCAGUUUUCAUGCCACUUUUUAACUUUACUAUAGGAAUUCUGUUGAUGUUUUGCUUUAACUAUUCUUAAUUUUUUGUAUGUAGCGUGGAUUGACAGCAGGGACUGAGAUCCCAACAUUUUUAUACUAAAUUUCCUACCAAAUCCUGUCAUUGUGUACCUAUGCUAGUGAGUUCUUGCUACAGUAAGUAUUUUUCUUAUAAUGUAAUGAGUAUAAUUUACUAUUAUGAGUAUAAUUUGCUCUCGAACCUUUUUGCUACCUUGUGAAUAUCUGAUGAUUAUUUCUCAUGUCUUGCUGUCUCUUUACAUCUUAAAGGGUAACUUCAUUUUUUUUUUUCAACCUGAAUCAUAUUUUCCCAUGUUUUUGUGUCUAAGCGACUAAUGAGAACAACAGUUUUCAAAACUGGUCCAGUACUGAGUGAGAGCGCUGCAGCUGGCAGUCACUUACCAGGCUGCAGUGUAACGUAAAUGGGCAAUUGCGCAUCGUCAGUGUACGUCCACUCAAAGUGUCUGUUUUUGCCACUGACAUGCUCAGAUUGUUAAUGUAAAUUUCUGACACCAUGACGCCCAGUUCAGACCAAACAUUUAUGACAAGACGAAUGUGCAGCUACUUGCAAUGUGCCGUUCUGUAAUGUUCUAAAAACCUGCUGGUUCACACCAAUGCAACUAGAUAAGAUGGAGUAUCAUGUCUAUGCAACAACUCUCUGUACUUCGGUUCUGAUUUCCAGCUUUUCAAGCUUAUUUUGUUGCUGAACAUAAUUUGUACUUCUUUGACCAGCUGCAGUUGAGUUGCUGAGUUGCAGGUGACACCAUCAGCUGGCUUGAGCUGAUCUCAGAUCUGCAACUUUUCUCUGCAAAGUUCUAAAACGGUUUUGUCUCGUCGCUGAACUGGGCAUUACAGAAAGGAUUCCUACAGAGAUAGACCUUUUUGUUAAAGAGUAAGAUCGUUUUUAUUUAAGCAGAAACAACCCAAACUUUGCUAUCGCCAAACCCACCAGAUUCCAUUAAAAAAAAAAACACACUUAUUUUAUUAUUGUAAAACACACUCCAUUCAAAGUUGACAGAAACAAAAUACAACUAAAAAACAUUUUGGUGUAUGUUUCUACUGUCCCAACAAUCACCACACUCUGGUUUUGUUUAAAUAAACCCUAAAUUCACCCAGUUAGAUGUGAACAUAUGCUGACUCUGUACAUACUAAAAUUACUGUUUAUUUAAAUGGGGUCUGGUGGGUUUGGUGAUGGUGAUUUCAGGGCUGUUUCUUGAUAAACAAAAAGGAUCUUAGUCUUCAGUGACCCUUUCCAUAAUGUUGUCUGACAGUUAGAAUAAUAAUCUGAGCCUGUCAGUGGCAAAAACAAGCACUUUGAGUGGACAUAAAUUGACAGUGCACAAAUGCCCCAAUUGAUUACAUUGCAGCCUGUUUGGCAGCUACAAAGGUCUCUGUCAAUACUUGACCAGUUUCAAAAAUUGUUGUCUCCAUCAGUCACUUGGACACUAAAACAUGGGAAAGUAGGAUCCAGGUUGAAAAAUGCUGAAGUUACCCUUUAAAGUAUUUUCACGAGUGCUCCCUAAAAAAAUCAAGAGAUAAAUGUUAUAAUACUGAGAGGAAAAAUGGGCAGGGAACUCAAACCCUGCAAGAAAUUUUCAAAAAAGUGCUGAAAACAGAGGUCUUCACUAUGCUGAUACCCAAACAAGCUCUUAUCUUCUAUGACUCAUAUGUUGAUCUCCAAAUUCCUUCGGCUGUCAUGAGAUCACAGAACACAAUCACACAGUCAUAAACUAGGUUUUUAAAUGAUCCUUAAUCACUGGAGGACAAAUGAUCACUAGAGCCCACGAGGAUGACAGCAAAAUAAAGAUGUGUGUAAACUUUUCUGUGAUCCACACCAUACUCCUCACACUGCAUAACUAAUUCUACAAAAUUCUGAAAUCAUAUUUUCAGCUGCAGAUGGAGCUAAUUCAGUAGAUUUCUAUACAAGCCACAUGAACCCACAAUCACUCUUAAAAACUAUUGUUUCAUCUCUGUGUGCCUGUAGUAGUCCUGGCAUUUAAUCCUGCUGACUGUAAGUUAGGAGCAAACUCACUGCUCUAUCUUACACAUACACACACACACACACACACACACACACACACACACGUGAACACAAGCUGUAAUUCACACACAUUCGACACCAACAUGCAAUACAGUGGCCUUUCUCUCCUUGGUGUUGUACAGACCUAAACAGUUGGCUCUCUACAAUGACUUUUAUUCAUGCCUGUUGACGGACUCCUGUCCUGUUUCACAUGCGUUAUCGUUCAUGUAAACUGGAAAUCACAUUUUUGUAAGCUCAUGGCAUUUUUCUGUGCUUUCCAGUCCUGUCAUAUCUAUGUAACUAAUAUUCAGAGGUCAUGCAUUUCAAGCUUGAAGCCUACAAAAAGUGAGGGACACCACUUGUUGUGUUUCGUCAUGCCGUAUCUUUGUUUGACUUUAAAAGUUUCAGUUUCUUUCGUUUUACGCAUUGCUGACUUCUGUGAAGUUGUUCGUCGGGGUAUUUUGUAUCAGGAUCUUUGUUACUCUUGUUUUUGUUUGCUAUAUUUUGCAUCGCGGAGACAAAACUGAUCGGUCCCGUCUAACGUUUCUCUGUGUUUGACGGCCGUCCAAUGCGCCGCCAUCAGUACACUGUCUAGUUCACUGUUAUUUAGUGCAGUAUGGUUUUGAUUUCCAUGUAGUCCAGCCUUGCCUCACUGCCUUUUAAAGAUAUGAGGCAUCCUGUCAUGUGUGGCUUCAUCUUGAUAACUUUAAUAAACAGCGUGAACACAUUAACCCAUUUUGGAUUUGCAGGAUUUAAAGUCUGUUUACACCCUAAUCUAAAUCUUAUGAGAUUUGUGUAGAAUGAGAAGAGGAGGGCGGAGUAAUAUUUGAAUCUUUCCAGCUUCCUCUUUCAUUUCCUCUCACCUAAACUACUGCACCUUUUCGGAAAUGUUUCUCUCAGAUUAUACAUUAAAUCCCAUUUUAGAGGAUGCCAGAGUGGCUGCACGUGUGAGGAUUGCUUAUUGAGUUUCAAGUUAAAACAAUGAAAUAAUGGACUGGUGACCUUUUUGGGAGGUUUCUCUCCACCCAACACAUGCUGGGAGCGUGUAAUACAGUGUAGAAAACUGUUUUGUGGGAUUUGUUUCUGAGCUGAGAAAGGUUCAAGGUGGCACAGGGAUUUUGCUGCUCCGAGUCAUGACAUUAGCUCAGCUACCUACUGUCGCUCUGCAUCUGUUUACAACUUCACCUUUGAAGUCAUGUAAGUGCCAUGUUAUGUACAGUACAGUACAAUCAAUCCCUGCAAUUUUCCUAUGGCUUUUCAUAUUCCUUGACUGUAAACUACGUGAGGAGGGGGAGAGGCACAGUCGAGCCGAGGAGUGAGAUACUUCUUGUGCAGUUCUGCUUUGUUCCAUUAGAGGAGGCUAGAUCCUUGUCUGUCUGAAUUGCUCAGGGAAGACUUAAGUUGCUCAGCUACUUUUCUAUAUUCAUCACUUAGAUAUUCUGUGGAAGUGUUUACCUGGAUUUCACUUGCUGAUAACCGACCCUUUCACCCAAAGCAUACAUGGGUUAGAGAUUUUAUUGUUUGCCAGUGUUUACUUUUGCCAGUGUUUUCUUUUGCCUCUCAGUAUCAAUAUUAGCUUUGCUAUUCCUGUUCCCAUGGGAAAGGGCUGGGCACUACUGUAUGUAAAAACAGUAUUGUGAGUAUUGAACCAACGUCAAAGUGAUACUCCCUGUUUCCUUUAAAGUGUCUAUAGAGCACCGCUGUAGUGGCUAAUCGCACUGCACUAAUUCCCACCCCAUCACUGCCAGUGGGUGCGCUCUGCCGUCCCCGCAACUUUUCCUUCACCCCAUCGUACCCUGCAUCCUGCGUCAUGCAUGCGAUAUAGUCCCUCUUGUGAUGGCGGAGGAGUAUUGAUGAUUCUGUAGUUGUGAUACAACACACCCAGCGCUGUAAGAGUUCUGCACAUGCCCACUGUGUGGCCACGUUCAAGUGCUGAAGUUUGCUUGCAGCAUUUUACUUGUUUGCUCAUGAAAAUUAAUUCUUGUUUGAUAGAGAUUAUAUUAUUAUGACUAUUAUUGUUAUUACCACAUUUGGUUGUUGUUGCGGUAUUUUUUCCUCCUCGGUAUAUUCUAAGUCAGCUUCUUUGUUUUGAAUUUGAGAAUUCGCUGAAACUGUUUGGAGAUUUUUUUAUUAGACAAAGAAAGUGUCUCAUUAUUCUAUAUUCUAUGGGAAAAAAAGCCUGUUUGUUGAUUGUGAAACAUAUGAACUGAUGUUUUCUGACUAUUCAUGUCUGUAUUAGACAUUUUAUUUGCGAAUCUAUUGUUCGAUUGAAAUGUAAAUGAACUAUUAAGAGAUGGUACACAUCCGUCAUUGUAUACAGUCUGGCACCAUCAUUAGAUGGACUUAUAGUAUAGACGCUCAUUUAUACAACCUGUGAUAAUUAGAUAUAUUUAAAUGUUUAAAUCAUUGGGGCAGUUGUGUAAUGUUUCAGAAUGAGGAAAAUAAACUCCUUAAGAGACAGCAUAUCUAAAAUGUCCCCAUAAUGAAUAAUACUGUUACGUAUUCCAUUUAUUUCCUUGGAAAUAUCACAUUGUGAAAGGUUUCCCUUUUACUUACUGUACGGUAAUGCAGGACUGGAGUCAAGAUGAUGAUGAUUUUUGUGCUUUUGAUGACUCAUGAAACUGUUUGAGUAUUGUUUGACUGACUGAUUGAUUCUUCUGUGCAUUUUCUGGCUCGUUCAUCUGUAUUACUCUGACUUACAGACAGCUUGGCCGAGCAGCAUACUGCUUCUGUGUUGCACUGAGAGAUGGAAUUAUAAAAAGGAAGAUUUCAGCACAUGAAAUUGCAUGCCACAAUAAACCAACAAGAAAUGA